UGAUGAAUUCCAACGAUAUAACUACAUAUUAUAAAUGAUUAUAGCACGAGAAACUGUCCCUUUCAAAUAUCAUUUAAUUAAAUAUGAGUACAAGGAAGUACUUAAUAUGAUUAUAGGCUAUCAUAAAAUCGUCCUAUAAUCUUGAGAAUCUUCUAAUUAAAUGUUACAAUUCUAUGAUGUAAAUAUUAGAAUCCCUUUAGCAAAAGAGAAAUUGAUAGAAACAUAGAUAACAUUCUCAGUUUAAACAUAAAUUUCGAAGUUGUACGAUUUUGGUGAUGUUUAGGAAAAUGAUUAAUUAUUUGAAAAAAGAAACUAAAUUAAAAAAAAUUAAUCCUAAUAAACAUUUACAAAACAGUUUAUCUAUUAUUUAUUACGUUGGUUUAUGGCCUGAUCGUGUCAAAUAUAAAUAUUUGUAUAAUUUAUAUGCAAUUUGUAGUUUAAUAUUUUUAGUAGGAAUUAUCAUUGUUAGCGAAAUCAUAUAUAUUAUUAUAAAUUGGGGAAAGAUAGAAUUAAUGAUGAUUGGUUUAACUAUUCUUAUGACAAAUUCUACGUACGCUGCAAAAGUGAUUUAUAUUAUUUGUCAAUAUAAACGUAUCAAAAAUCUUGUAGAUAUAACAAACAGUGAAAUAUUUAAUCGAGAUAACGAUAAAUAUAAACAUAUUAUAUCAUAUUAUAAUUGGCAAGGAAUUUUUCAUUAUAUAGCUUAUCAAGGCUUUGCGAGCAUAUCUAUAUUUUUCUAUAGUUGUAUACCAUUACAAAGUGUAUUCAGUGAAAAAUCUAAACAAUUACCAUUAGCAGGAUGGUAUCCUUAUAAUGUAACAUCUACACCAAUUUUUGAAAUUACUUGGUUGCAUCAAGUUCUAGUUAUCCUCAUAAAUUGCAUUAACAAUAUAGCAAUAGAUACUCUUAUAACAGGUUUUAUAAUAAUUACGUGUUGUCAAUUAACGAUUUUAAGUUAUAAUAUAUCUUCAAUACAUUAUACAGUAGAAUCAAUAGAAUCUUCAAUUUUAAUAAAAAAAUGUAUUGCUAGAAAUAAUAAUGUCAAUAUUGAAAAAUCUCUUUCAAAAAUUUAUAAUAAAUUUUAUGAAAGUUUGAAAUACUGUGUUGAACACAGUAUUAUAAUAUUUGAUUUUACAAAACAGAUCCAAGAUAUAUUUGGUAUUAUAAUAUUUUUUCAACUUUUUGUAAAUUGCAUUAUUGUUUGUUUAGCAGCAUUCAAUGUAUCACAGAUCAAAAAUUAUAUUACACCUGAAUUUUUUGGCUCAUUACUCUAUAUGUGUUGUAUGAUAUAUCAAAUUUUCAUUUAUUGCUGGCAUGGAAAUGAACUGUAUCUUCAUAGCAUGAAAAUAUGUUUAUCUGCUUAUAAAAAUAAUUGGUGGAAUAAUAAUAAAAAUUUUAAUUAUGCUUUACUCAUUAUAAUGAUAAGAACUCAAAUACCUCUUAUUAUAAUUGUUGGAAAGGUGGAAUGGAAUUAUCUUUACAAAAUUUUCUCUUAAUUCUACGUACAUCAUAUUCUAUUUUUACUCUUUUAAAAACUUUUACUUAAAUAUUAUUAAUUGUAAA